GGUAGCUACAGUUACUGUACAUUUAAUCAAGCCUGAUAUUUGACAGCUGCGUUUACUAUGAAUGUUCAGUUUAACGACAGCGAGGUCGACGUGACUGAUGCAGUGGUCAGGCUUGAGCAGAAAUAUUUGGAGAGGAGGAAACAGAUACCAUCUUCUUCAGAAGACAGUCCCUCAGGAAUGGAUGGCGGUAGGUUUACCACACGUGAACCCUCACAUGCAGCAUUACAAAGGCUGAUUUUGGCCCACACAUCAAGGCGACCAAGGAGAGAACUGAAAUGCUUCAGCAAAGCUUUAAAUGAGCUCUUCAUAGCAGUUACUGCCCACCCCAAACAGUUUAGUAUUGAUCAUGUUCUGCAUGGCAGUAAGGACGACCUGAGAAGAGACUUUGCAGUUGCUCCACUUCAGGACUCUCAGGUGCCGUGCACAGAAACGGAUGUGACUCUGCCCUCCUGUCUGGAUAAUAAUAGCCCUGGAUCCCAUGGUACUGAACCAGACAGAGAGACACAGAAAACUCACCAAUUCCUUGACUCAUGCUGCUCUUCGUCCUCAGUAUUUGUCAAGAUUUACCAGGAAAUGAUGACCAUAUAUGAACAGCUAAAAACAGAACGACAAAGCCAGCAACAGUGGGAGAGGGAGCUGCAUGAACGAGAAAGGAGGCUGAAACAACAGGAGGAAGCUUUUAGGAGGCUGUCUGGGCUGGAAGAGAUUCUCCAUAUUCGCAUACUGGCUAUAGAGGAAAAACACCACCAUGAGCUUUGUCAGCUGCAGGAUCUUCUUCGACAGAAGAGCAAAGAGAACAGGAGGCUUAAAUCCAGCUUUGACACCAUUAAGAAUUUGAAUGAAAACAUGAAGAAACAGUUGACUGAGAUCAGUGAACAGAAUAAGAAGUUGGAGAGCCAGUCCAAGAGGGUACAGCCUCGACUUGAGAACCUGCACAGGAAAUAUGAACCCAGCACAGCACCAAGAGCCUGUCAGAGAGAUGUUGGGAAUAUUAAACCGUCAAAAAAGGAAAGUAGUGCUGCAUCUGGAAAACCCUUCUGCAAGAGCAGCUCCAGUCCCACCUCAUUAAAGCUCCUGGCCCUUUUACUGGACUGGGUACUUGAUGGACAGACAUUCCCAUCAGUUGAAGGAAAUGAGAAGAGAGGUGUAGGCCAGUGUCUGCCGCUGGAGGUUGUGCUCAACGACAGAUGCCUCAAGGUGCUGCCGUUAUUAGCAGAUGAGCUUCAUCACACUCAUGAGUCAGAACCAGAUCUCCUCCUGAGCCUUCUCCGCCUUAUCCAUUGGGCUUUGAGACACAUGGACCAUGGCCAAAAUGUGGCUCUUUCUGCCACACUGCAGUGGAUCGGAGAAGAAGUGUCAAAACCAGCAGGCCAGUCAACAUCACUACACUGUGAAGAUUUAUACCACAGUGAAACAGCUGGACCCCUCAAGAACCGGCCUCUUUACCGCAGCCCCUGUCCUCACACCUGCAUUCUUUCCAUCCUCAUUAUCCUCCGCACUGUCACGCAAGCUGACGUGCUGGCCAAGGCUCUGGACAGCCUCCAUACUGAGCUGAUGUCUGAGGAGAGCAGAGGCCUGUUUAUCUAUUAUGAAGGAGUGUGUGUGCUGCUGAUGGUGUUACAGGCUGGCCGUGCAGGUUUACACACACCCACAGACAUCCUGAUGCAGCUAACUGAACAGUCCCGCUACCUAAAUCCCUUCCUGGAGGCAUGUAGCAGUGAGGAGUUUUUCCAAACAGCCACCCAGCUCAUAAACCAUCCUCGCUUGGAUCUUCCAUCUCUGGAAAAGCUCACUAUCCUUUUGCAGAAGCUCUCCAGGAACAGGAAGAACCGUCGUCUGUUUGAGGUGUCCUCUCUCCGCCUGCAGACACAAGAGCUUUAUCACAAAACCAGUCACAAACAUACUUUCCUCUGCCUCAACCUCUGCUCCAUUCUCCACAACCUGAAAUAAAAUGCAUGCAGACACACACAUGCAGAACCGUUCUGUUCCUCCCGCUCGAUUCUUCAGGGUCUUUUUAAAAAGGUCAGAUUUCUUCAGUCUUAUAUAUUCUGGAGUCUGCCAUUUCUGCUCUAACUGUAAUUAUUGUAUUUUCCCACCGUGUAGUGCUUCAGUUCUCCAUCCUGUUCUACCUCAAGCAACACAUGCAGACCCACUUUUCUUUAUUUGUGUUAUAAUGUGUUUUUGAAGUUCUUUUUUAUGUCAG